GAGAGGGCAGCCACUCUGGUGCACUCUGGUGGUUCUUGUAGCGGCUCACUGCCUGCCUGAUCUCCAAACAGUUCAAGUGUGGCACUGUGGCUCAUGCAGGACUAAGCUGCGAGGCAAAUCCCUGUGGACGUAUUUAAAUGGACAAGGCCGGGUCCUCUCCCACAAAACUUUUUUUUCUCACUUGAUGCUUUACCAUUUUUUUUUUUCUUUUCAAGAGCAUUGCAAGACUUUCAAGAUUGUUUUAUGGACGAUCUUGAGCAAAAAGUUGCUGGAGAACAUGUUGCUUUUGUCUUCAAGGAGAUAUCACACCUCAGGAUGGGGAGCCGCUCAUCUCUUUCGGGUGCUGCCAAACAAGACUUUAAAACUAUGAAAUGUAAGCAGUGACUGAAGGGAACAGAAGCUGUCUGUGGAGAAAAGAUCUGCAUCAGCUUUUGUUUUGAGCAGAGAAGACUGGAAGAUGCUUGAGAAAGGAGAAGGAUCUUGAGUUGUGUGGAGCCACUCACCUCCUCCAACUUCUUGAGCGGAACUGGUGAAUGAUGGAUGGAAACAUGAGCACUUCUGUGUCAUUCGGGACGAACGUAACGGGACCGUACCACAGAGCGGUGGGACCCUGGAUCCUCGUCAUACUGGCCAUCAUCAUCCUCACCAUCGUGCUGGGAAACAUGCUGGUGAUCGUCGCCGUCGCUCGCACCUCACAGCUCCAAACGACCACAAACAUCUUUAUAAUGUCGCUUGCGUGCGCGGACCUCAUCAUGGGCGUGCUCGUGGUGCCUCUGGGGGCCACUAUAGUGGUGACGGGGAACUGGCAGCUCAGCGACACCUUGUGCGACCUCUGGACCUCGGUCGACGUCCUGUGCGUGACGGCUAGCAUCGAGACGCUGUGUGUCAUUGCGGUGGACCGGUACAUCGCCAUCACAAAGCCCUUACGGUACAAAGUUCUACUGAGUAAGUGGCGCGCCAGAAUAAUCGUGUGUUUAGUGUGGGUUGUUUCCACCUUAAUUUCCUUUGUGCCAAUUAUGAAAGGGUACUGGCGGGCAGACAGUGACCCUGAAGCGCUGAGGUGCUACAACGACACGGCGUGUUGUGACUUUGUGACGAACACAGCUUUUGCCAUCACGUCUUCUAUUGUAUCGUUUUACAUUCCGCUGCUAAUAAUGAUUUUCGUGUACGCAAAAGUAUUUCUAAUAGCAACGCGGCAGGUGAAGCUCAUAGACAAGAACAGGAUACGAUUCCAGAAUGAGCGUCCGGCGGUUCAGAUGCAGUUCGGGCCCAACACGAACAACGUGCUGCCCCCGGCGUGCGGGGGGUCCGGCAACUACAACAGCACGGACAGGAGGAAGAGUGCCAAGCGGAGGCCGUCGCGGCUGAUGCUCGUCAAAGAGCACAAGGCGCUGAAGACGCUGGGGAUCAUAAUGGGGACGUUCACCGUGUGCUGGCUGCCGUUCUUCGUGGCCAACAUCAUCAACGCCUUCAACAGAGAGGUGCCGGCGGAGUGGCUGUUCAGACUCCUGAACUGGCUGGGCUACGUCAACUCCGGCCUCAAUCCCAUCAUCUACUGCAGGAGUCCGGAGUUCCGCACCGCGUUCAAGAACUUGUUGGGCUGCCCGUGGAUCUCCACGCCGUGGCUCCACGCUUUUUAUAAAGAGCUGCAGACUCUGUGCUCCUGCUUCCGAUGGCAGCCCCGGUCCGGGGCGGCGGACUCUUUCCAGAAGCCCCCGAACGGCCGGAGUGACGGCGGCGACAGCCUGUCCAGCACGCAGGGCAGCAGCAGGAGCGACGAGGCCUCUCCCGGCGCUCUGCGGUCCAACGGCAGCACGCAAUUCAGCGACUUCUCAGAACCAGAGACAAAGCUCUUCACUUUGCAGGAAAAGGAUGGAUGAACGGUAAAACCCGAGUCUACUGAAGCAAACUUCAUUCUGCAGCCGUGACUGUGAUUCCUGCAAAGUCGGAGUGAAAGCAGCAGCGGCGGAGACGAGACGAGCAGAAGAGGAGAACGACAUCGAGGACUGGAGGCCCUGUGCAGAAACAGCUGAUUUGGUGUUACAAACGAGAGAAAGACUGGCGCAGCGCCGCAGACGAGAGAUGAACGAAGCUCCUGGUGUCACCGGCGUGAAAAAUACUCUCCGUCCCCAAACGAGACAGUGCUGACUGGUUCCAUGGCAUUCCUCUGUUUCAAGAGUGUUAGCAUCAAAUGGAUUUUUGUACAAUAUGUUAGUAUUUAUAAAACACUGAAUCUGCAGCAAAUUACAAAGAUUGACAAACGUAUAAUUCCGGGAAGUCCUCACAGUGAAAUCUUGUUUUCAUCACACAGUGUGAUCGUGCUCAUCGAAAUGUUAAACUAUUGUCCGUUAAAAGUCUUUUUGUCUGGAAUUUUGACUCUCCGAACAGUAGUUGUUGAAACUGUUGAGAUCCGUUGUGAAAAAGAAGUGGCUGUUGAAGAGUUAAGCAGAGAUAAUUAUAUUAAACAUCAGUCACUUUCCAGAGGGGUGAUGGGGACGUCGCUCUCUGUCACUGGAGCUUCAGUCAUGAACAGGCCACAGCAGAGGUCACACAGGGACUGAAGGGUUCUCUUCCCAAACCGGGAGCGCCACAGAAUAUCCAAAGCUUUUCCUGAGAAACACAACCGUGUGUUGAUUUGAGCCUUUUUUUUUUUUUAAUUACAAAGCUGCUUCAGAGUUUGUCGAUUUUGCAGCUUUGCUGCAAAGCUGCAGAUAUCUGAAACCUUUAUCAAACACUAGUGUGAAUUCGGCAACUUCAACACAGAAAUUUACCUUUCACUUUAAAAAAUUAGACACUUCAAACACUUCACACUCGCAGUGCAAGCCCUCCAUUACAUCUAGUUUAAAAAUACUCUGGCAUUUGGUACGUGACCGAUCGCUCCGCAGCUCAGGACAAUGAAUGCAUCAGAAACAACAGGCUGUGGCUGGACCGACGCAGGCAGGUGUCAGCUCUACCUGAAUGUGUUUGAAGCUGACAGACGUGACGUUAGUGAGAAGACAGUGAGAAGACAGCCUAAUCUCAGGGACACACUGAUCCACACAUUUAAUGUAAUUCAGCAUAUGUUUACACACUGAUUUCUUUUAUAUUGCUUAAACCAACUCAAGGUCGUGGGGGUCACUGUAAGUAAAGGCAUGGUACAGCCUGGACAGGUUGGGUCACACACACACUCACACACACACACACACACACACACACAGACACAAGCUGUGAAGCAACUGUUCCAAUCACUACAACACUGCGCAGACAAUUGUUUAACAUUUUUAGACAUUUGGAAACCACGAUCAGUUCCGUUAAAUUUAGUUUGAAGUGAAUAUCUUUAAAUCAUAAAUUUAAAUGAAACUCGGAGUCUCAGAUAUUAGAACUUGUACGGAAACGUGAUGCAUUCAAAUCAUCCUGAACUGUCGAGUCACAUGACAAUCUGAUAGUUACUUUCAGCAAUGGUACAAACCUGAUGAUGAUCUUUUUUUUUUUUUUUUUUUUUAAAAAGGGCUUUUUUUCCAACCAAACCGCCCUACUCUUUUUGUUUGGUUUUUUUUUACUGGGGUGAUUGUGUGUUAAGCUCAACAACACUCUCAGAAAUGUCUAAAAAUAGGAACCAAAUGCUCAUGUUAUUGGAAACUUCGUCCCCUCACCAUCCAUUAUUUUAAUGCAGCAUUUUCCAUUUUGGUCCCGUUUUAUUUUGGACAUCUCUCUUCUCCAGCACUCCAGUGGAUGAGCUGUCACCGAGCUGCACCCUUUGGAAACAAGUGUUCUGAAGCAGAGAGCCGUGGAAAUCACAAAGGGCCGCGGGUCCACCGGGACCCGGGUUAACAGACACUGUUUCUAAUCUUCUGACGCACCGUGUGAUGUGCCAACAGUCGCUUUAGAGAAAAAUUAAAUAGAAAACUGUCUAACACUGGUCACAUGUGCUCUUGUGUGCAUAAUCAUCACUGUGGAAGAAAACGAGGUCCAUGAACAAUAUAAAUGAUAAAAACAACUGAACAGUGACAGUUUGGCUCUCUUUUUCCUGAAUAUUCACUAAUUUGAGAAGAAGAAAUAUUUGUAACGUUAAAAAAACAAACUCAAAACUUAAAAAUGUUCAGCUUUCAAUUAAAAAUAAAACUUACCCCAUUACUCUAAUGACUGGAAAUAGCAUCAUUGUGUUUCAUUAAUGUAAAAAGGGCAUGUAACCAAUAAUGUUUACAAUGCAGAAUUAUACUUCAUCUCGAUCUGUUCCUUGAUCCAUAUACAGACCCUGUGAUUUAUUUCCAGAGGGCCUGAGGGGUCCUGACCCCCACGCUGAGACUCACUGUUCCACAACACUGAGCUGAGUAAAACUGCUGUUGAAACAAGCUCGAAGCUCUGAACAAUUCUCUCCCCCCCCCACCCCAAUGUUAUUUCAGUUAAUCUUCUACCCACAAAAACCUCGGUCAUCUCUGGCUCUGCUGCAGUUUGAGCGGGCAUCCUCUCCUGCUAUGAGAGGAAUUUACAGGGUUUUUGGGGGCUUUGAAAAAUAAACUAAGAGUAAAGUGCGAGACAUAUAAAAACAAACUGUGACAAACAUUGGCUCUGUCAAGGGGGUUGUGUGACAGCCGGAAUAUCAUCCAGCGGGGCGAAAAAAAAAAAAAAAAUACAACAAGUCUGAGUGGAAACAAUUACCCUGUCUGUAGUACGGCCACACUCUUAUCAGCUGAUUCCUGUUACAAUGUUUUCCAUGAGCAGGUUCAGACUGAAGCAAACUUUUCUAGGAAACUGAAAUGGGAAGUCACCACUGAAGGGAAAUCGGGUGAGUUUGACAAGAAAUUCAUGCAUCAAUCAAAGGCGUGACUUCUAUGGGUUGAGCUAAUACGCUGUCACACACUUUCAAGUGCUUGAUCAUAAAGUUAUGUCAAUGAUGAACCAGAUUACUGCACAUGCUCCAAACAAAGGUCUCACACUGUGGCUGACGUGUGUGUUGCACCUUGUUUUGGCUGAGCCUGCCCGGGACACGGGGGCUGGCUGAGAAGCGCCACGCCUGACGGAUCAGCCCCGGUUUCAGCUUUUCUCAAUCGAUCAGUCAUCAGUAAACCGGGCUGAUCACCCCCACUGCAGCAGCAGCACGAUAGCUAAGGAGUCACCAACGUGGAAAUAUUUCAAAGUAAAAAGCAAAAACAGUCCAUAGACCACAUGCAAUACCUGCAAAACCCGUUUGUCAAGAGGUAAGAGGUGGAACAUCAGGGCUUUGUUUAAUACAACUGGUUUGUUAUGAUGUCUGAAGAGUAAACAGACAGUAGUCUGAGGAUCAGACGCUCCACAAGUUAGAGUUGACAAGUUCCUUAUUCUGCUGAAGGAGGGCAACAUUCACAUGAAUAAUAAUUCUGUAUAAAGACCAAACAGUGGGAUCUGUAACAACAAAACCCUUUGAACCCAUGGUUUGUGCUGCCAUCACGAUACUAAACAUUAUAUUUCAGACACAGCCGUGGCAGAGUUGUACGACAUGGUGCUGUAUGCGACAGGCAUGUUUGGGUUUCUUUCCAGGGCUUUACAAUGUGUGAUCCUGAUCUUUACUGUCUAGAUUACAUUCUAUGAGGGAUUCUCACACAACGUGAGCAACGCUGAUCCAAACUAAUUUUUGUUGAGUCAAAGGAUUUAGGAGAUUUGAGUAUUCACGUAGUGUUUGACACUGCUGAAUUUUAUCUGCUGCGGUCAGGGAGAAUGAAUGAAUUAACCUGCAUCAGCUGAUCAGUUUGAUCCUGGUUACACUCCAAGAACCACUCUUAUGUUGCAGUGGCACUAUUUUAUCAAAGAAAACUCUUUUUUUUUUAAUUUCCUAACAGCAUAUAAUGCUGUGGAUUUCAUGAUGGAUUGCAAAAAAAAAAAAAAAAAAGAUGCUGAGGACAAGAACUGAAAAGAAAAAAAACUUUGUUCACACUAAAUUAUGUUUAAAUGUAAUCUAUCGACACCACUGCAAGAUUCAGUCACCAGACAACUUAACAACCUUUACAAUGUCGACUGAUCAAGUUGGUUCUUAGAGAAGCUUUCCGUUUGGAAUAUUCAGAAUUUUUUGUGGUCUGUGUGAAUAUCUGUCUUUCUAUAUUCGCCCUGUGACGGACUGGGCAAAGGUUCAGUGGGUACCCUCCCUGUCUCCAUAACCAACUGAUAGUGAACUGAUACUCCAGCAUGAGCUCGUCAAUAGUACAGAAAGAAGGUCAAUUUUAGCAAUAAGUCAAAGAUCACUGAUGUCAAAAACGUGUAAUUCCAACCUGUGAUUAGAAAACGGUCUAUUACAACAAAAUUUGGUCCAUUGCUGGGUGUAUUUAUUCAUGUAUUCUAUUCAGUGUAACAAAACCAUUGUCCCGUUUCAUUUCAAGGAUUUUGAGACACAGUCUGAGCGGGACGUCAUAGCAGUUGUCUUCAGGACACAUAAAUAUUUUAAAAACUCAAUUUAGAUAAGAAACAACUUCUUUUGACACCGAAAAAUACCGAAAGCCUCACCAGUCAAGUUUCCUAAUUGAGUAAGCGGCAGUGUAAUUCAAUAAAGCAUUGUGGAUUCAUCCUGAUUGACCCUCAGCGUGACUGAGGCUCAUCCUGGUCUGGCUGGCAGCCUCUUCCUCUCCAGCAGCCUCAUGAUGUCAAAGUGCAGCAGCAAACAAAUAACUCACCAAAAGCAUUUCCCUCACAUUUGAACAGGCCUGGAAUCAUAGCAACAACAGUUUGCAAUUCGGGACUGUAUAUUUAGUUUCCUGACUUUAUCUGUACUGAUCCCCAGGACCACUGUGCACACACAGAUAGCUGGAGAUCACACACGGAUCGCCGCUCUGGUGACAACAGGACAACCAUCGCAUGUAUGUUUUUUCCAAUUCUAAAAAAAAAAAAAAA